UCGAGCUUUCGCACCGCCUAAUUCCCAAACCCGGCGCGCCGUGUCACCCCUUCCCCUACGCCCACGGUCGCGCCUCCAGGCCUCGUCCUAAAGCGCGCCACGCCGAAUUCUUCUCCCCCUCCCACCCCCCUCUGCCCGAUUGGCCUGGCGUGGAGAUCCACCCCCGCGGAUUUUCUCUUCUUGGCCUGAGACAUGUCUCAUUAUCAGGAGCACAAUGUUGAGGACAUGGAGGAUGAUUACGACAUGGAUGAUCCGGUAGAUGACAUGGAUGGUGAAGAUUACCUAGGGCCGGAGGCUAGGGACGACUCUGAUGAGGAUGCCGAAGCGAAUAAGGCAUCCGACACAUCAUCUGAAGAAGCAAGACGUGGAAAAGACAUUCAAGGAAUACCAUGGGAUCGCUUGGAACUUACCAGAGAAGGAUACAGGGAGACAAGAUUAUUACAGUACAAAAACUACGAGAACAUACCUAAUUCUGCAGAAACAGCAAUGAAGGCAUGCAAAUCUACUGAGAAAGACGGAACAUAUUAUGAGUUCAGGCGAAAUACUAGAUCAGUAAAAUCUACUAUUCUACACUUUCAGCUGAGAAAUUUAGUAUGGGCUACAUCUAAGCAUGAUGCCUACCUAAUAUCACAUUACUCGGUGCUACACUGGUCAGCAUUGAGUGGUGUGGACACAGAAAUUAUGAAUGUCGAAAGGCAUAUUGCACCAAGUGAGAAACAUCCAGGAAGUUUAUUAGAAGGGUUUUCUCAGACUCAAGUUAGUACGCUGGCAGUCAAGGAUAAUUUGCUAGUAGCUGGUGGUUUCCAGGGAGAGCUAAUAUGCAAGAACCUGGACCAAGAAGGAAUAAGCUUUUGCUGCAGGACAACAUAUGAUGAUAAUGCAAUCACCAAUGCAGUGGAGAUAUUCAACACCUCUAGUGGUGCUGUUCACUUCAUUGCAUCUAUUAACGACUCCGGUGUACGAGAAUAUGAUAUGGAAAGAUACCAGUUAUGUAAGCAUUUCCGCUUUGGUUGGCCAGUGAAUCACACGUCUUUGAGCCCUGAUGGGAAGCUUGUUCUCGUUGUCGGGGAUGAUCCAGAUGCUUUGCUUAUUGAUGCUAAUUCAGGAAAGACUGUUCAUUCUAUGAAAGGUCACUUGGAUUUCUCAUUUGCAUCGGCUUGGAGCCCUGAUGGUCGGACAUUUGCCACUGGCAAUCAAGACAGGACAUGCCGGGUCUGGGAUGCCAGAAAUCUCUCGCAGUCUCUCCAUGUCUUGAGGGGUAACCUUGGUGCUAUAAGAUCUAUUCGCUACACAUCAGAUGGUCAGUUCCUGUCGAUGGCGGAGCCAGCAGACUUUGUCCACAUCUUUGAUGUCAAAAGUGAUUAUAACAAGAGGCAAGAGCUGGAUUUCUUUGGUGAGAUAUCUGGCAUGUCUUUCAGCCCUGACACGGACACACUCUUCGUCGGUGUUUGGGACAGGACCUAUGGCAGCCUACUUCAGUAUGGCCGCCUCUAUAACUACUCAUACCUUGACUCGCUGUUCUAAGGUCAAUGCAAACAAGUGUUGGUUGGGCCUCUUGUGUGUCAGUAUUGCCGAUUUUCGUCGGCGCGACUAUUAGGUACUCCAUAAUCAGAUUUAUGUUAUAGAUUGGUCAUUCUUUAAUAAUUCAUGUAUCCUGUUUAUGUGUACAAAAGAAAUGUAUACAGAUAUAGCUUUGCUUUGAGGUAGGAGUUGUAAGUUAUGUUUCUAGGGCUAGUUUUCUCCAUGAAUUCGGAUAUAAACUUUUAUCUGAGAUGUGUACCGUGAACAUCUGCUGCAUUGACCGAAACUGGUAUGCUUCGGUGGUAUGUGCUAUGCCGCAGUUGUGUGGAGCAGUUUGGAUUGUAUAAUUGAGCCGUUAUACA